AUGGAGCCUAUGGGAAUCCUGAAGUGCCCUUCCAGCUUGAAGCUCUCCGUUGCUGUUCCUGGUCAUGCCCUCAACCCCUUCUCUGAUGGCGGUAGUGGUAGUGGUAGUGGUAGUGGUAGUGGGUGCAACAACAAUAACACAAGAGAACUGGGUAUCCACUUGGACUUGGACCGCCCGUAUGCAAGAGAAGAGCUACCGCAGCAAGGUGGCAGCAUGGAGGUGCAGAAAGGGGAGGAGAGAGGCGGUGUUAGGCACAAUAGCUCCAACCAUAGGCGGCUUUCUAGGGUGCAAUCCAAGCAACUUGAUGAAUUUUAUCGUGUAAAUCACACAGUUGAUUCCAAACAAAAGAAGGAGUUGGCAGAUCGACUGAAUCUUCGGAUAAGUCAGGUGGAUGCUUGGUUCCGCAACCGCAGGUUAAGGUCGAAGCAGAAAUCCACGGAGAUGGAGUGCGCCUAUCUGAAGGAAUGCUUCAACAAACUGAAAGAGGAGAACCACCGCCUCCAGCUCCAGGUUGAGCAGCUCAGGUCAACGAGCUUGCAGCUGCAGCUGCAGCUGCAACUCCACAGCGAGCGAGUCGCCACAGCUCCCACUGGACAGCAAGCCGGCACUUCUGCGGCUGCUCGCAUCUUCACUUUGCCUUUGUCCGGAUACAACCCUUCCAGGGGGACUUGGUUCUCGCCAAAUGCACACUGA